AGAGCGGCAGGUCGCUAAGAGAGAGCAAUCCGGCGUAUGUUCCUAAGUUCCUUUGUUAGUGUUCCUCUUUAUUAACUCGUAUUAGGUUCCUCGUUCCUCGUCCUAUCCGUAGUCUAUUUAAAAUAGAAUAGUAUCUAGUCCUCUUAGAAGCUUGUGUAGGCACAUAUACAGCACCAAAGAAUGGUGGGGGGUCGCAAACAAGACCCUGUGCGCCAACACCUUACCUUUCUGGGUGAUGGGAAGGUGCGAUGUAUAUACUGCCAGAAAGAGGGUAGGUGGUCUAAACCUUCAUACUGGAGGGAACACUUUGGCAAGAAGUGUGUGAUACAAUGCAGUGGACAGCCUGAGCGUGUGCGCCUGUACUAUGAGCUGUCGUAUGAUGCGGAGAAAGAUGCACAAGCGGCUAGUGGGUCGAAGAAUGGAGGGGAUAAAAGUGAUUCAGGAGUGUCCAAGAAGCGUGGCGCAGGGCAAACGGGUGCAUAUAAACGGCACAAGGGUCCGAAAAAGGCGUCCCAAUUCAAGGAGCCUGGCGAUAGUUGCGACACGCCGGCACUGAUGCAGACUGUGUGUGCUCAGGCUGGUACGCACGCCGACAACAUUGAUGAAGGUGGUAAAGGUGCACUGGCGUUGCCUAUCUACCUCUCGACCACAUUCGAGAAACCGUUAUCCGGCCACUAUGAAGACGGGCCUGGAUACCUGUACUCUAGGGCUUCGAACCCUACACGUACUGUCCUCGAGGAUUUACUUCGGGACUUGGAGGGUGGGUGUGGGGCUCUCGCAUUCGCCUCCGGUAAUGCGGCCAUGACAGCGACCAUCAUGGCACUUUGCACACCUGGAGAUGUCAUCAUCUUGCCUGAUGAUUUAUACCACGGUACUCGCACGCUGUGUACGGCUGUGCUGGAACGCUGGGGAUUGAGAAUAGUCGAAGUCGAUCAAACACAAAUAGAUUCUGUGAGACGCGCGCUGGAGGUUCAUAAAGCCCGUGUUCGAAUGCUUAUCAUGGAAACGCCAUCCAACCCAACCUUGAAAGUGGUUGACAUCGCUCUGAUCGCAAGCACUUGCCGUGAAGCAGAAGUAAUCUCUCUAGUGGAUAACACGUGGCAAACGCCUAUUCUCUGUCGGCCUCUCACUGUGGCCUAUGGCGUCGAUGUUGUAGUGCACUCAGUGACCAAGUACAUGGGAGGCCAUGGGGACGUUUUGGGCGGCGCGGUCAUCUGUGCGCCGUUCAACACGCACAUGUUCGAACAAAUAAAGGUGGUGGCAACGAAUACAGGUGGAAACAUGGACCCCUGGCAUGCGUACCUGGCUGUUCGAGGUCUACGUACUCUGAAUCUGAGAAUGGAGGGACACUGUCGGUCGGCCAUGAUCAUCGCCCAACAUUUGAGCAACAAUGAGAAUAUUGAAGUGGUACAUUAUCCGGGUCUACCAACGCACCCACAACACGCCCUGGCUGGCAGGCAAACUGGAGGCAUGUACGGUGGAAUGUUGUCCAUCGUCGUAAAGGGCGGUGCGGCAGGAGCGAAGGCGGCGGUAGCCAGAGCCCAACUAUUCCGGCGCGCAACAUCACUCGGUUCCACUGAAUCGCUGAUAGAACACCGCCGAAGCGUCGAACCCCCGAACUCGAAUACGCCUCCAGGUUUACUGAGGAUAUCUGUGGGACUGGAAAGCGUGCAGAUGCUUAUGAACGACCUGGACUACAUGCUCAAGACUCCGCCUCCCCCGCCCACUGCCUCGCUAUUGCUGGGGCCUAUUCAGAAUGGACCAAUGCCUAGUAGUAAUAUGCUGAGUAUAACACAGGGAACUUCUCCAGAUGCACACUCACAAAUAUCCGUACUGGCAGCCGCACCGCCGGUUGAACAUUUGCCUUCGGUCGCCACCACUCAACAACAGGUUGCGCAAGAUCAGGCCCAAGCUCAGGCCCAGGCUCAGGCCCAGGCUCAGGCCCAGGCUCACGUGCUACAACAACAACAGCACCACGUACAGCAACAAACACACGCACAUGUACACCAGCAACAAGCAGCACAGACACAGGUGCAUGCACAGACACAGGCUCAGGUUCAUCAACAAGCCCAGGCACAGGUACAACAGCAGCAGCAACACCAGCAACACCAGCAUCAGCAGGCACAGGCGGCCCAGCAGCAGGCUGAACAAGCCGAACAAGUGCGCCAGCAACAGCAGCAGCAGCAGCAGCAGCAGCAGAUCGCGCAACAAGCUCAGCAGGCGGCUCAGCAGGCUGCCCAGGCGCAACAGAUGCAGCACGGCCUUGUACAACACCAUCAACAGCAGCAGCAACAAGCUCAGGCCAACAUACUCGCACAACAACAUGCGUUGCAAACGAAUAGCCAAGCUCAGCAACUUCAGCACAAUCUGUCUAUUGGAUCCAUGGGGCUUGCGCCACCGCCCUCGGAUCCCGCCAAUCCCAAUCAGUAUUAGCAUGUGAGAGCGCGAUCGAAGUUGGCUAGAGUGGUUAUACUCAUGUAGUGCGUAUAUACUUCAUAAUGUCCUAUUACGAUCAGUAUUGACAAUAUCGGCUUUGCAUAUGCUGUAUGGAUGAAACCUCAGAAUGGUACGACAACAGCAACGCAGCUCUAGUGACAGUGCUGUAUACAGCACACGACUCACAUCUGUAUAAUCAAGAGUCAGAACGUGAGUUUUUGGGUAAUUGCGAACUUCACCAGUGAAUAUGUAGAUAUAAAGAGUGCAAACCCUUCUCGACUAUGAAGACACCACGUGUAGGCUGUCCAUGUGAGGGCCAAGUGUAUCAUCGUCUGUAUCGACCGUGUGGGCUUAUUAAACCGCGAACGUAUCUAUUUGGGGUACCACCCACUUUGACUUCUGCGAAACGGAAUGUUGCGUUCACACGUCAAGUGGCCUAAGCUGCAUCAGUACUGAUUGAUAUAGUCAUAUUGUUCGCUGAGUGGAUGUAGCUCCUUUCCGGUGAUCCGAACUCUCGGUGCGUCCGAUUGAAAUGGUACAGACCAAGAUGUGAAGUACAAAAUUAUAUCAGUCGAUGCGCAGCGAAAACGAGAACCAUGAGUCCACCGACGGACGAACCCGAGCGCAUAAAAACGACAAUUCGAAAAUGUAUGGUUGCAACUAGUUAGACGUACCGCUCCAUUUGGUACACAUUAAAGAUGUAGAUGCACA